AUGGCUGAAGAAUUUUAUAACACGUUCUUCAAUGCGUUUACAUCCAAGUCUUCCGAAAUCUCAACUGUCACACCGAAAACCAUUACUAAAGCGAUAAAUGAGAACAUUAAACAUGACAACUUCUACAACACACAUUCAAAACCACCAACUCUUGAAAAUAUUGAAGACUAUACAUGGUGGAAAGAGCGUUUAAUCAACUGGGCAAAAGCAUAUGCUCAUGAAAGCUGGUUCUGUUUGGAGUUCGGGUACAGUAGACCAAAGGAUGAUAAAGGAGAAGAUUUACCACUCAAGAAAUUAUCUAGAGAUGACAAAGCAGAAUUUGCAGCUGAACAGAGAAUGAUUGCAUUGAUUCAAUCUUCAAUCAGAAAUGACAUGUUUGCUUUAUUGCAACAUGACGGGUCAUCAAAAUCUGUCCGGGAAGCCUUAAAGGUUAAGGCAGAGGGGGAAAAAUCUGAAAGUCAUGAACUGGAGUUGCAGAAGCAGAACAAGAUGAGUAGUUCAUCGCAUCAACAGAAUGUUGAGAGCAAACAUUAUGUUUUGGUUGCUGAAAUCAAAGAAGAAAACAAAGAAGAAAAAGGCACAGCUGAAGUCAAAGAGAAAACCAGAGAAGAAAUUCUAAGUGAGAAAACUUAUCGAGAAAGAAAAAUUGCUUUGAACAUAAUAGAUGAAAUGCAAGAAGAAAAUGUGUUAAAAGAUGACACAUAUGCAAAAAGGCAUGAAAAGGAAAUUAGAUAUGCCAUGACAUUGUGUUUGAGGAAGAGAGAUGAAGAGAGAAUGAAGAAAAAUGUUGAAGAGAUGGUGAUCAAUAUGAAGAAAGUUGCUAAAGAAGUGAAAGUUGAAGUUGUUGAAGUUGAGGUUGUGAAAGGUGAAGCUGUGAAAGUGGAGAAAGAGAAGAUUGAAGAAAAAGUUGAGGUUGUAGAAGAUGAAAAUAAAAUCGGAAGUUUGACUGAGGUGAAGAUUGAGAAUUUGAAGUCUGCUGGUGAUGUUGGUGAUCAGAUUGGUGAUGAAGGUGCUAGUGAUGAGAAGAAGGAAGAGCUGAAGCAGACAGAUGCAACUGAAAACACUGAGGUGCCAAUCACUGAGAAAAUGGAUGGCGAGACAAAGCUAUCUGUGUCGGUUUGUAAAAUUUUCUUUAAAUGA